AUGGUCACCGCCGCGCUCUCCAUCAUUUCGGGCGCCAUGCUGUGGAACCUCUCUGACAAGCUCUACAUGAAGCGGAAGAACGCUACGCUCGAGAUUGAGGGGAUUGUGAAGCAACUCACGACAGCUGGGGAGCAUGAGAAGAUAUCAACGGUCAUCUCGCUGCUCACUAAUGAUUUCACCUACUCACCACAGGCAAACCACCAGAAGGUUUGCUUAAACCGCUAUGGUCAUGUUUCUGGUCUUAAUGGGGUUCAGAUUUGUUGAGUUCUAUGGUGCUUUGAUGUUAGCAGGGUGGGUUGAUUGACCUUGCAGCAGUUACUGUCGGACUAACCUCUGAGGCCGCUCAGCAUCUCGAGUUUAUUCCUAUUCAAGUUUAUGAAGUGUCAUCCA